AUGUCCGAGUCGCUCACCCAAAGACCUACGUUCAGCGGAGCCGCCAAAAAGACUUUCCAGAAGAUUGCUAUCGAGGAGGCAAUCUCUACCCACGUUUUCAAUGCCACAGCGACACUACCGCCUGUGAACAGCACAGCCGAGCUUCCCUACGUCGACACCAAGUAUGUUGCAGACGUGAAAGACAGACUCACCAAUGUUGAGGCUCGUGUGAAGGCUAUGGACGAAGCCGGCGUGGUUCUCACCGUGGUCUCCUUGACCAUGCCCGGUAUCGAAGGAAUCUUUGAUACUGCUGUUGCGGUUGAUACGGCCCGCAAGGUCAAUAACGAAAUCCACGAGCUGUACACCGCAGGGCCUUACGCCGAUCGAUUCCGGGCGUUUGGUUGUGUCGCUAUGCAAGACCCCAAGUCUGCAGCUGCGGAAGCUGAGCGCUGCAUCAAGGGUCUUGGGUUUGUCGGCAUCCUAAUCAAUGGAUUCUCCAACAUUGGAAGCGCCGACCAAAUUCAGUAUCUGGACGAACCACAAUGCGCUCCAUUCUGGGCCAAAAUGGCCGAGCUCGACGUGCCGCUCUAUAUGCACCCACGGAUCCCCUCGCCAAGCCAGAUGCGUGCCUACAAGGGAUACGAGUUCCUAGGUGGUAGCCCAUGGGGAUUUGGAACGGAAACAGCCACACACGCGAUUCGCUUGAUGAUCUCGGGGUUGUUCGAUAAGCACCCUAAUUUGCGGAUUAUACUCGGACACUGCGGCGAGGGAAUACCGUUCUCGAUCAAUCGCAUCGACCAUAGGCUGAGACACUUCCAAUCUCACCACACUCCCUGCAAGUUGCGAUUGCAGGAGUAUUGGGAAAAGAACUUCUACAUCACCACGGCUGGAGUCAUAGAUGAUGGUACUUUUUUCAAUACUUUGAAGUCCUGUGGAGAGGAUAGGCUUAUGUGGAGUGUUGACUACCCCUACGAGGAUUACAAUGAGAUUGGCUCGUGGUUCGAUAAUUUGGAUCUGAACAAUAACUCGAGAGCCAAGAUUGGCUGGGGAAACGCACGAAGGAUUUUGAAGUUGGAUUAA